AUGGGAUCUGAAGACGUCACCGCCACGCGGAGAACCGCAAGAGGGCGUAUGACUUCCCACGCACACCGUACCGUGAAGAUUAUUUUGCUCCGCUUGCUCCUGCUUUGGGGUACAGUGUCGGAAAGCAACGUGUGUGGCGAUUUGGCUCACGCUUCGACUACGCAUCUCAUGGCCUCGGACGAUCCGUCUGGGCUAUUCCUUAGCUUGUUUAAACCGAUCGAACCGGAAGAGGCACGCGGGCGAAUCCAAGAGCAAUAUUAUGAGAUAACGCCGUGUAACAAAACCAUGUGGGCUGGAUGGACCCAGCAUCAGAAGCUGGGGGUCAAAGCGCAAGAAGACCGCUUACGAAUGGGGGCUUUUAGGAUCAUCGUCGAGACACUCAUUUUUCGGAAGGAGUCUAAAGGAAUUGCAUCGCCCCAAGCGCCAGAGCAGCCUGUGGAUCUAAGAGCGACAGCAAGAUCUCAACGGGCAAACAUGGUUGACCGCUGCAUGAGUAAAACAUUAUGUCACACAUCUGCUGUUCGCGUGGCGAAUAAUGACCCGCGGGUCGGAGGUUCGCCUAACACCCAGCAGACUACUUUUAGUCUUGGUCAUAGAUUUUCCCCCGUGAAGGAAACUGACUGCGAGAGGUUGCACUUGCGGUGCACAGCAGAUUCCGAAGUCAAAAAUGAAAACGCCGCCGCGGCUAUUCGGAAUCCAGUUCCGCUCAUUCUCGAAGUCUCGAAAAGUCCUGCAAAUCCGAGUUACACAUGGAUCCGUGGAACCGACAUAUCAGGAACGACUGAUCAAGUGCAAGUCAACAACAUGGACCUCAUGACUGACUGUCACACUAAGCAGGCCAAGAAGGAAUCUGUGUACAUUGUAAGAAGGUGGAUCAUUCGGAUUGGUAGGGACGGAUUGCUCCGGAAGAGUGAGAGUGAGUGA